AAACAGCAAACCCAUCGCGGGCCGCCGUGCCAUAGCGUGCCGCGGGCCGACCCGAUUAGGCCACGUGUCGUAUCGUGCCUGACACCAUUACAACGGGUCGGGCCGGGCCGGGCCGUUUGGCCAGGUAUGAGUGCAGUCGCUCGAGAUGAAAAUGGUAACUUUAUCGAGGCUGCAUCAUGGCUCUUUUUCCUCAUGUCUCUAGCAUUGACUCAACGGAAUUAACUGCACGCAGGCCCGCGAGGGAGGAGCCCGCCGGGCAGAUGGGGCAUGCCGGUGCGCCGUCGGCGUCUUCCCCCACCGAAGGGCAGGUCGGGCCGCCGCCCAGAACUCCUCCAGCAGCGGCGGCGCCCGCGAGACCGGAAGUUCCACCGGAUCCCCCCCUCGUCCUCUUCCUCCUCCGCCCAGUCAGCCCACGAGGACGACGACCGCGAGAAACAUAGCGUGGGACCGCCGCGCCCAGCUGCGGCCAUGGUCGGAGACGCGCCGGCGGCCAGCCCCGCACCCCGCUCCGGCAAGCGAGGACGCAACGCGCGGGCCAGUCACCCGACGGCGCAGACGCCGUUCAAAUUUCAAAAUCCUGCCAUCUUGAUCCCCCUUGCUCUGUGGAGUAGUGGUAGAGCGGAGCAGAUGCAGCUGGUGGUGGCGCUGCGCACCGGGAGGAGCGGACGACGGUGGCCAGAAUCAGGCCACCAGCGACGAAGACGGACCGAUGGGGUGGCCCAAGCGCGGCCUGGAGGAGGCGGCAGCGAGAUGCGCGGGUGGCGGCGCUGGGCACUGCACGGAGAGACGUGGUAAGGGGUAUGAGGACCGCGGCGGCCGUACUAUGGAGACCCUAGCGCCGCCAGAGCUUGGCCAUGGCAUGCUUAUCCCUUGUGCAGUUUGUUGUGUGGUUUUAGAUAAAUUUUUGUUUUCGAUGUUAUCUUUCAACAUUGUUUGGGAGAAGCCAACGAGGUCGCACAUACUUUAGCAAAAUUUUCCUUUAAUUCUAGUUCCUCUUGUGUUUGGGAUUCCACCCCUCACUUUAUUUCAUCAAUGCUUCUAAGCGAUCUCUCCAUUAUUUGAUGAAUAAAGUCUUUUGAUAAAAAAAAUUAGAUAAAAGUAAUUAAAAACACAAUAAAUAAAUGGAACAGAAAGGCAAAACAAAAAA